AUGUCAACAGGAGAAGAGAACCUCUACAAAUAUAACCAAUUUGGGAAAGACUUCACUCGACACUCAGAAUCUGCUACCCAUCCAUGUCUACGUGUUCAAGAGAAACCUCACAACCAUAGCACAUGUGCCAAAGCUUUUAUUGUUAACACAACUUCUAAUCAACAACAGAAGGCUCAUAAAAGAGAGAAGUUUUACCAAUGUCAAGAAUGUGGCAAAGUCUUCAAUAAUAGUUCAAACCUUACUCGACAUCAGAUAAUCCACACAGGAGAGAAACCCUAUACUUGUCAGGAGUGUGGCAAAGCCUUCAAUAAUGUUUCAACCCUUACUCGACACCAAAUGAUCCAUGCUGAAGAGAAACCCUACAAAUGUAAAGUGUGUGACAAAGCCUUUCACUGCUCUGCCUACUUUAACCGACACCGGAAAAUUCAUGAGGAAGUGAUUGCAUAUACAUGUAAAGAAUGUGGCAAAUCCUAUAGUUAUUCUUCACACCUUAAUCGGCAUCUGAGAAUUCACACUAGAGAGAUGUGGUAUAUAUGUAAAGAUUGUGGCAAAGCUUUUAGCAGCUCUUCGCAACUUAACCAGCAUCUGGCUAUCCACGCUAGAGAGAAGCCCUAUAGGUGUAAGAAAUGUGGUAUAGCCUUUAACUGUCCUUCACAGCUGAGUAAACACCGGCUAAGUCAUACUGUGGAGAAGCUCUACAAAUGUGAGAAAUGUGGCAAAGGCUAUAACUGUUCUUCAUACUUUAACCAGCAUCAGAGAUUGCAUACCAGAGAUAGCCUCUACAAAUGUAAAGUGUGUGGAAAGGUUUGUAACUGCUCCUCACACCUUAUUCAACACCAGUGGGUUCACACUGGAGAGAAGCUCUAUAGGUGUGAAGAGUGCGGCAAAUCGUUUAAUUGUUCUUCACACCUUCAUCGGCACCAGCUAACUCAUACCAGAGAUAAACCCUACCAGUGUCAAGAGUGUAACAAAGCUUUUAAGGACAGUUCUACGCUUUCUCGGCACGAGAGAAUUCACACUGGAGAAAAGCCUUAUAGAUGCAAAGAAUGUGGGAAAACCUUUAACAACUGUUCAAAUUUUACUCGUCAUCAAAGGACUCAUACAUGA